CAACUGUGCUGAGAAUAUCCGGAAGCAUAUCCUGCAUACUGGCAAACAUGAAGGAGUAAAGAUGUACAAUUGCCCAAAGUGUGAAUAUGGAACCAAUAUACCCGUCGAAUUUCGCAACCACCUGAAAGAACUGCAUCCUGAUAUUGAGAACCCUGACCUAGCUUAUCUGCAUGCUGGCAUAGUUUCCAAAUCCUAUGAAUGUCGUCUGAAGGGUCAGGGGGCUACAUUUGUGGAAACCACCAGUCCUUUUACUACAGCAGCCCUGGAUGAAAUUUCUCCAGUGAACGAUAAGAUCUUUCAUAGUGGCAGGAGACAUCCACAAUCCACUGAGGAAGUUCAGCAGGUGAUUAUUAUUCAAGGGUAUGAUAGUGAUUUUGCAAUUGAUGCUUCAAUGGAAGAAACAGCUGCAGCUACCCUUCAGACCUUGGCAAUGGCUGGACAAGUGGCAAGGGUUGUCCAUAUUACUGAAGAUGGGCAAGUUAUAACUACAAAUCAAAAUGGCUCUCAUGUGAGCAGCAUGAUUCCAGGAGAGCUGCUCACGGAGCAACUGUCAGAUGGAAAAACACAAGUUGUUGUUGUUGAAGGACCUCUAGGAGGAGCCAGUACCACAGACGCUGUAUCCAUAGAGACUGCAUCAGACCCAAGUAAUGCCAUGGUACAACAAAUAAUAAGACAGGAAAUUUUAGAUCCAUCUGUGGUUGCCAGAGUACAUCCACCUGAAUCUGCCUCUGCACUGGAUGCCUUGCUCUGCGCCGUAACAGAACUUGGUGAAGCAGAAAACAAAGCAGAGCUCCAAGACAGGGCACAACUUCAUCAUAAAGAAGCCAUGCAAGAAUCGAACUCAGAAGAAGACAUUGUUUCUAAAGACAGCAUGUCCCAGGAAACAGAUAUGUCUCAUGAUGUUCAAGAAACUGGUGAAGAAAGAGAGUCCAUGGAAGUAGUAACACAAGUUGUGCAUCCAUCUACCAUAAUUGCAUCUGAGGAGAGAAGUCAGGUAACUUUCAAGAAGAUGGUUGAAGGAGUCCUCCAGUUUGCUGUGUGUGACACUACUGCUGCAGACCAGCUGAUGAAAGAAGGAGUCACUCAGGUCAUUUUGAAUGAGGAAGGAACUGUGCAUAUGGUGUCUAGGGAAGGAUCUCAGAUAAUAAUGCAAGAAGCUGGUAGCCACACUCUGAGUGUUCAGAGUGGACACAUGGAUUUGGUCGGGUCCAGUGGAGAAAUUUCACAGAUCAUUGUCACAGAGGAAAUUGCUCAAGCCAUGGUUCAGGAUUCUACCAGCAACUUCUCUGAUUGUGCAACCCAUUAUAUUGUAACAGGAUUACCACAGGAGGUGGAAGAUGAGUCUGGAGUAUAUUCACAUACUGUGAUAGAAACCAAUGAGCCUCAAGAAAUUUUGCAAGGCAGCACUCUUUUAAAUUCCAGCAAUAUAACCUCUAAUGGAAAUGCCGAACACCUAUCUAGUAUGGUAAUAUUUACAGAAGAUGGUUCACAAACAGCUAUUAUCCAGGGCCAAAGAGAUACCAAUGAGCUAUAAGAAGUGUAAAUGAUGAACUCUUCUUGGUUUGACAACAGAAAAGAUUAAAUGUUGAAUAUAUUAUCAUUUAUUUUUAAUUUGCAAAUCAUUCUUCAGUGGUACAUGACUAUCUAGUUGUUCAACGUAUCCCAUGUGACUUAUCAUCAGCAGUUGAGAAUGCUAUACAAAAAGGGAAUUCUCUUUGCUUUAGCUUGAAAAGUGGUCAGAUCUGGAUAUGGAUGUGGGGAAGUUUACAAAAUCCAAACAGGCAUAGAUGCAACAACCAAAGGUAUUAGUUUAAUUCCCUACAAUGCUAUGUGCUAUUUUGGAUUUUUUAGUUGUUUGUUUAUCAUCAGUUCAUUGUAUUUCAACUUGAUAUCAUUAACUUUGUAUGUUUGUAACUAAUUAUGUUAAACUUUACUUGUUUGACUUUGCAUAUGGAGAGCAAACUUAAAUAUUCAUGCACCCUGUCAUCUAGUUGAGGUAUGCCUUGAAAAUUUCUAGAUUAAAGUUGCAUUCUGCGUAUGCAGUAGUUUCAUCUUACUGAAUCAACCAGCCAUUCCCAAUUCUAGGAACACAAUCCUUUUAUUCCUGCUUUAAAAAGUGUUCCUAAUAAAAUGAUUGUGUGGCAAUUAUUUCAGCUGCCUUUCUUUGAAUAUAUGUGGUUUCUUUUGCACUUUCUCCCCAUUGGACUUCAAGUAAAAUCUUCUGCGAUCAACAUUUAAUGAACACUUCUGUGGAAAUGUUCACAUAGUAAAACUUAGAGAUUGAGAAAGACCUUAAUGACUGAACUUCUGUUUAAUUUUAUAUAAAUGACGUUUUCAUUUAAAAUGUGCAUUCAAUGUUUUGUUUUGUUUUUCACUAAAAGUGCUUCCCAUAUAUAUAGCAUCCUGCAAUUCUGACAAACAUUUGGAAACGUUAGUUGGAUCUUUUCUAUAUAUGUACAUUUCUGCCAUUAACCUUAACAGUGGAAGAGAGUUGACCUGGCAUUUCUUUCUGUACUUGAAUGUUGAUUUCUCUACUUGCCAAGAUGUUCUGAUUGUUCAUUGUAUGUUCCUGUUAAAAAGAAACAAAUUUUGAUGCAAAUGCUUCUGAGAAAUGUAAACUAUAAGAUGGAAUAUAUAGGUUUUUUCUUCUUCUUUACAUUAAA